GUCCUGGAGCAGCAGGAGGAGGAGGAGGAGGAGGAGGAGGAUACUCGGUGGUGUGGUUCCUUCAUAGACUUUUCAAAGUGAUGAAACUGUGCUUUAAAAGUAAAAGUUUAGCGGCAUGAUGAUAAGGGGAGCAGUGAAAGUGGUUCUGAAGAUGAAACCUUAGGGAUGGUGUCUUACAAAACAUGCUUCAUGGUGAAUUCAGUCUCAAGUGCGAUAUGCAUUCUGUUUGUUGUGUCAUUAAAGCCACGCUAGUCUGGAGCUGGAUGUCAUGUUAACAGUUAACUUCCUCAUCUGUUAGUGGCUGCUGGGUUUUUGUUUUUUUUCAGUGAUAAUUCAGUAUAUUGAUUAAAGACAGACAGGUGCUUGCAGGUGACUGCCUCAGUUGAUGAGGAAAUGGAGCCGCUGUGCUUGUUUAAGAUCAAUUAGCCGGCCGAGUGAAGACUGCAGUUCAGAACACACCCCCGGGACGAGACUUGCUCAGUGAAGCAAACUGAAUGAAGAACAGCAGCGUGCGGCUCAGCCUGCCCAUGGUGUGCUUCGUCUGGGAGAUCGCGAUGAUCAUCCUCUUCGGAGUGUUCAUCCGCUACAACGAGGAGGUCGAUUCCCACUGGACAGAGACCAGAAAGGAGAAGAACAUAUCCAGCAACCUUGAAAACGACUUUUAUUUUAGAUAUCCAAGUUUCCAGGAUGUCCACGUGAUGGUAUUUGUGGGUUUCGGGUUUCUCAUGACCUUUCUGCAACGCUACAGCUUUGGUGCCGUGGGUUUCAACUUCCUGAUCGCUGCCUUCGGGAUCCAGUGGGCUCUGCUGAUGCAGGGAUGGUUCCAUUCUCUGGACUGGGCUGACGGCAAGAUCAAGAUAGGAAUUGAAAACAUGAUCAAUGCUGAUUUCUGUGUGGCUUCCUGUCUGAUUGCCUAUGGUGGAGUCCUGGGUAAAGUCAGCCCAGUGCAGCUGAUGGUUAUGACUCUGUUUGGAGUGACUCUCUUUGCCAUUGAAGAGUACAUCAUCCUUACUGUGCUUCACGUUCGGGAUGCUGGCGGCUCCAUGGUUAUCCACACGUUUGGAGCCUACUAUGGUCUGGCUAUCGCUCGUGUUCUUCAUAGACCGAGUCUGGAUAAAAGCAAGCAGGGCUCGGUCUAUCACUCCGAUGUAUUUGCUAUGAUUGGCACUCUCUUCCUCUGGAUGUUCUGGCCUAGUUUCAACUCUGCUAUCGCGGACCACGGAGACGGGCAGCACCGCGCCGCCUUAAACACGUACCUGACCUUGGCUUCUUGUGUCCUCACGACCGUAGCGGCCUCCAGCCUCGUACACGGAAAGGGCAAGAUCGACAUGGUGCACAUUCAGAAUGCCACUCUAGCGGGUGGCGUUGCCGCGGGAACUGCGUCAGAGAUGAUGAUUUCAACAUACGGGUCCCUCAUCGUCGGGUUUAUCUGUGGAAUCGUCUCCACGUGUGGAUACGCUUACCUCACACCUUUACUGGAGUCCAAGCUGAAGCUCCACGACACGUGCGGCAUACACAACCUGCACGGCAUGCCCGGAGUCAUCGGGGGCAUCGUGGGAGCGGUCACGGCGGCCGCUGCUACCGAGCAGGUUUACGGCCAUGAAGGGCUGAUAAAAACGUUUGAUUUCGAGGGCGAGUUUGCUGACCGGGUGCCCUCUGUGCAGGGAGGGUACCAGGCCGCUGGGUUAUGCGUGGCGUUAGCUUUCGGCAUUGUUGGAGGCACACUAGUUGGUUUUAUCCUGAAGCUGAACAUCUGGGGAGAUGCCCCAGAUGAGAACUGUUUUGAGGAUGAUGUUUACUGGGAGGUCCCUGAGGAGGACGAGGAGAAUCCGACACCCCAUGCCGCUCUUGAAUAUGCCAACCACAUGCCCAACAAACUCUCGGAGCAGGCUCCCCCAACGCCAGUCCGACAGGUUUGAGUGGAGCUGCUCUGGGAGUCAGGCAGUUCUUUCUUUGCCUGCUGGAUAAAUGCAUUUUCUCCUAUUGCCUGAUUGCUUGAUGUUGGGAUCAAGCCGGGGGUCUCGGUGUCACAAGAUUCCUUAAAUAAUGUGAUCUACAUGGACAUUUAAUAUUGGAGCGUGUGUAUUAUAUUUGACCCCUGCCAGACAGCGGGGGGGGGGGGGAGAAGGGCGCUUGCAGCACUAUACUGUAUACCCAAGGUGUGUGUGUGUGGAUCCCACAGGGUGCCAACUAAUCACAAGAAAAGAAACCUUUAACUUUAGAAGCAACUCAUCUACAUCCAAUUACUUCUGAGCUGAAAAAAGAAAUCCUUUAAAUCUAUAUGUAUAUGUAGAAUAAUGUAUGGGUCGGAAUAUAUUUACACAAUGAUAUGUCUCUAGUUGCUUUGGGGCAGGUAAUGUAUGAGUCGCAGAACCAAGCCACUCCUGAAUUCCCAGCCCAAAACCCAGACACAUAAUAUUGUCAUAGUAAUGUAUUCUGACCCAUAUGUAUAUUUGAUAUAUUCUAUGUUUCUUAAAUCAUACAUGACUAUAACAUCCAACUUUUUAUUUAUUGGUUUUCAUCUGUUGCAAAUCUUGUAGAUUAACAUGAAAUGUAAUAUAAUUUCUAUUGUCUUUAUUCAUAAACUGCUGAAAUGAUGCAUAUUUUCAAAGUAUAUAGAAAUGUAAGCCUCCUGCAUGCACCCAGUGUAUGCGUGAGGGCAGUUGAGGGGCGGGUUGCUGUGCAGACUUGCGUGCUGGGACCACACGGCUGUACUUCAUGUGGUCUUGCUGAAAUGAUCAUACAGGACGUCAGUGAUGGUGAAACAAAAGGGGGGUUGGAUUAAAACUCCCAGGUGAGGUUUAUGUCAGCAAGUGUUCUUCCUUGUAGUUUCACUUCCUUGUAAUGAAAUACCUUCCACAUCCUGGUGCAAACAAAGCAAAAGCAUGUUAAAUACAAUAAUGAUAAUAAUAAUAAUAAUAUGAAUUGCCCUUUUCCUGGUAAUAAAAGGAAAGGUAUCUCUGUUUAACUGAUGGAAAACCAUAUUUAAAAAUACUACAUAUAUAUAUAUAUAUAUAUAAAUAUAUAUAUAUAUAUUAGUACACACAAUUUGUAUGCAACUAGAUAGUUUUAAAAGUCUUAAUGCAUUUUAAUUAAUUUAUUCAUCAGAACAACGGUUUUGUCAAUUGGUUGUUUUAAACCACAUUUGUGAUUGAAUGUGUGACAGUGAUGGGGUGGGGUUGGGAUUGCACCAGCAAGCAGGACUGUGUAUUUAAUGCCAUGUGAGGAUUGCUUUCAGGUUGUCCUGAAUCCCUCUCCCAUUCCAGGAACACUACAGUGGUGUAUUAUUUUCUGCAUGCAGAAUGACAUCAGCUGGUGUUUAGCAGAGUGCACCAGUGUGGGAUAGAGGAGGCAUUUCUAUUUUAUUUGCUAAGGGUCUGACUCUGAGUGCAGAGAGUGUCCUGGAGCACAUCACUCUGCUUCAGAAGGUAUUGUGUGUGUGAUGCUGGAAUAUAACACAACGCAGUGUAAUACAAUUUCUCUCUAGUAGUGGUUUCUGCACGGCACAUUACAUGCCCAGUUCAUGGUAAUGAGGGGCCCCUCCCCCAUUCAAUCAGCCUUCUGGUGUAAACAUCAACAUGUUGCUCUGUGGUGUGUGUUUUUUUUUUUCGUUUUUUUUUUCCCCCAAUACGUUUACUUUUGCUUUUUAAUUCAUUAACGGCUGCUGAUUUCUCCCUGCCAGAUUCUAUAAUGAAAAGUCUGAAAUGGUGGAUUUCAAAGAUUUAAACCAUUGUUUUUGUAAAGUAAUUUGUUUUGUAUUAAUAAAAGUCUUAAACAUA